CUCGUACUUUCGAGGCCGGCAGGAAUUGACUUCAGAUCCGUUGCUUGGAUCAUCGUGCGAUUACUGAUCCGUGAAUCAUGCGUGCUAACGACGUGAUUUCGCUGGAGUAAAUGCAGAAUGGGUAGGUGGGGCGAACUCCUUCCUACCUCCACUUCCUGCCGCUAACGUCGUACUGCGGACGGCUGGGCGGCGGCUCUACCACCACCUUAGGGUUGCGGUCUCCCGGCUCCGACGGCGAUGGAGUUCUUGCUGCAUCCGUUCAACAGAAGGACUCUGAUUGAGGAAGUGAAUGACAGCGAGGUACCGACGGAGCCAACGCGAUAUCCUGUUGUUCCGGUGCCGGCGUCGUCGUUGCCGGCGGCGAGUGCAUCCAGCGCAGAUGCGCUUAUCUGUUCGCCACCUCAUGGAGCAACAGUGGAGGGUGGUGAGAGGCCGCAGGCAUCUGAACACUCAAUAGAGCAAGUUGAUCCACAGGCUCCGGGAUGGACAAGAAGGGUCAGGGUUGGGGCUGCUGCGCCAGGGCGUGCCCCCUGCCCGGAUAGGAUGACAGCCCUGGAGAAAUCGGUCAGAGUUUUUGCUGAAACUCCUGGUGAGAAUGUAAUCGUGCCGAAGAUAGGGGUCAGCUUCGAUACUCUCGGAGAAGCAUAUGAUUUUUACAAUCUGUAUUCAUGGGAGAAAGGGUUCGGCAUUAGAUAUGGAAAGAGCAGGCUGAAUGUCAACAGGGCGAAGUGCAUGCAAGAGAUAGUUUGUGGCUGUGCGGUAUAGCAUCUUUCUGCUUGUACCAACUGACUUAUACAUCAGAAAUUCUUUCUAUGUCAUGAAGUAUCUGGCGUCGUGCUUGCUUAAUAUUGUUCCAGGGGAAACCAAUUGUCGAGAAUACCCGGUCAUGUCGAUGUGAAUGCCCUGCUCUAAUACGGUUGCUGCAUUCAAAAGAUAAUGGGUGGUAUAUAGCAGAGCACCGGGAGCAGCACAAUCACUCGUUGUCACCUACGUAUGGGCAAACUUUGCACUGGCCAUCACACAAGCAUAUCGAUGUAUACAGCAGAGAUUUGGUGAAGCAGCUGAGGGAAAAUAAUGUGAACCUGUCGAAAGUGUACAACAUCAUAGGCAGUUUUUUUUGGGAAGAUGGAAAAUGUACUAUUCACAAAGAGAGCAUUGCGGAACUUGUGUGGGAAAAUUGGACGUGAUCAGGCUGAAGAUGACGUCCGCAAAACAAUGGAGGUAUUUCAGGAGCUAGGUGCUAAAGAUCAACAGUUCACAUAUCGAGUCCAAGCUGCCAAGGACGGAAGGAUAGGUACUCUUAUGUGGGCUACUGGUAACAGCAGAUUGCAGUACACCUUCUUCGGAGACGUCGUGACAUUCGAUACAACUUACAGGACCAACCUGUACGACAUGCCUUUCGGGCUUUUUGUUGGAGUGAACAACCACUUUCAGAGCAUUAUACUGGCCGGCGUCUUGGUGAGAGAUGAGAAGGUGGAAACAUUUGAAUGGGUUUUUGCAGAGUUUGUCGGAAUGAUGGGUGGCAAUGCGCCGAAAACAAUUCUAACAGACCAAAAUCGCGCGAUGGAGGUGGCCGUAAUGAAUGUGAUGCCAAAUACGGUGCACCGGUGGUGCAAGUGGCAUGUGCUGAAGAAGGCGAAGGAGUCAUUGGGGCGAUUGUACUUCAUAAAGAGUGAUUUCCAAGCAGAGUUUCACAAGGUCGUUAAUCACAUGCUGACAAUUGAUGAGUUUGAAGAGGCCUGGAAGUACCUAAUAGAUAAAUACAACUUGAAGUCGCACGAGUACAUGACUAAUAUAUAUGAGACACGUCACAAGUGGGCAAAGUCGUACUUCAAAGGUGUGUUUUGUGCUAAAAUGACUAGCACUCAGCGGAGUGAAAGUGUGAACCAUAUGUUGAAGAACUAUAUACCCCCAAGAUGUCCUAUGCAUCUGUUUGUGAGGAAAUACAUGGUGCUGCAGUUUGUCAGGGAAGCGGAGGAAAAUUAUGAGGAGAAGAGGACCCUAAUUAAUCGACGGCCGGCGUUGGCUCCAGAACGAGGGAUCCAGGUAUACACCCGAUUGCCGCACCCUGCACAUGGGACCAGGGGCAAGACCUCAUCCUGCGCAGCCGAUGAAGAUGAUGCAGACAUGGUUGAGGGCGAGCUCGUACUGGGAAUGGCUCGGCUACGAUUGUAUACAAGUACUGAUCUGUGACAUGAACCAACUGGGAUAAGGUGCUUAAGUAGAUGUGAACCGUGCUGGGUAAGAUUCCUGCCUCCAACGGGUAGAUGCAUUAAAUAAGUGUGCAACCACCCGUUAGAUGAGGUGCAGCGGUCAGCCUCCGCAGGAUGAGGUGCCUGUCGAAGAAGGUGAAAUUCCAGAAGUUGGUGGUGGUCCUGGUGUUCCGAUGGGUCCUCUGCAGGAGUUGGAAGGUGUUGUCCAUGAAGGUGGUGCUCUCUAAAUGGUUAGGGUUGGUUCGGAAAGAUGUUUGACAGCGGCGAGUAUAUGAGGCAACAUUGUUUUUGAUGGUCGUGGUCCGGAGUCCCGAGCUUUGCUUACUAUCUUGCUUCAUUUUUGCAAUUUGUUGAAUACAUAUUUACAACUGUUGGGGAGCGCAACAUACUGUUGUUGUGAUUAUGUUUGUCCUCCAGCGCUGGAGAGUUGAGUGACAGUUCUGGCUGAUGCAUAUUUUUAGGCUGCAAUCUCUAUUUCUGUUU